AUGUUGCGGCCAACAUCAUCACGUUCCUCGCCAUCAGCGCCAUCAACAUCGGAUGUGCUCCUUCCAGAUCCACCGUCGGCAUCGGUAACCGCCAUCGUCUUCUCCCCAACCCCGGUCUCCGAUUCGUCUUCAACAACGGACAUCCUCGUCUCCAGUUGGGACCACAAUGUGCAUCACUAUCAGCUCGACACUGCCUCCCUUUCCUCCUCCAGCACCUCCUCAGCAACGACCAAGAUCCGAACCUUCCUGCAUGAAGCGCCCGUUCUAGAUGUCUGCUUCAUCAAUCCCACCCUCGCCGCCUCCGCGAGCGUCGACCGGCGGGUGCGCCUGCUCGACCUGUCCACCGGCAAAUCCCUCAUCCUCGGCAAGCACGACGACUCUGUAACGAAGCUGCGCUAUUGUCCGUCCACCCAGCUGCUCAUGUCUGGCUCCUCGGAUCGCAGUCUAUGCUUCUGGGAGGUCAACGCUUCCGGUGGGACGUUGCUAAAACGCCUCGAGAUGCCGGACAAGGUGAUAGGGAUGGACGUCUCCCCACCCUUCCCGUCCCUCUCCACACCGACUCUCUCCGCUUCCUCCCCCGGAAAGGCCGUGGCGCGCAACUCGACACCUCGUCUCGUCGUCGCCCUCACCGGCCGCCACGUAUGGGUGUACGACCUCCUCCCGCUGCGUCAGGCCAUCGAUCGCGAGCGCGCCGGCGAAAAGGUGAGCGAACGACACUGGCAGCCGGACCAAAAACGAGAGUCAUCGCUCAAAUUCAUGGCGCGCGAUCUGAGAUGCAUGCCGGCGGGGGAUGGGUAUGCCAUCUCCAGCAUCGAAGGUCGCAUCGGGGUGGAGUUUUUCGAUCCCAAACCCGAGACGCAGGCGUUGAAGUAUGCGUUCAAGUGCCAUCGUCAGACGAUUGAUGGAGAUAUGGCUGUGGAGAAUGAAGAGGGGGAAGAGGAGUUGGAGAGGCCAUAUGACGUGGUGUAUCCGGUGCAUGGGGUUGCGUUUCACCCAAGACACGGAACGUUUGCGAGUCUCGGCGGGGAUGCUCAGAUUGCGAUUUGGGACGCUGCGGCCAAGAAGCGCGUUCGGCAGUAUCCCAAGCUGAACAACGCUGUUACAGCGGGCGCCUUCGAUCCCUCAGGCACGCUGCUGCUCGUCGCCACCGGCAGCGAUUCCAUCGAACAAACCGGCGACGUUCAGCUCGUGCUCAAGACCAAUGUCGACGAGGAGUGUCGGCACAAACCCAAGUCGAAGAGCUCCAAGAAGUAG